AUGCAAGAACAACAUAUAAUCAAAUGGUUGAUAUUAUUUAUAACAAUUAUCAAAGGUGUUCAUAGCGUUGAUAUAUUUAUUAAGAAAACUAAUGAUAACAAUGAUGAAAAUAUUGAAGAAUUACAAUCUUUUUAUGAUAAACCUUAUGAAAUGCCUCUUUUUCAAACACGUUAUAUUACAAUACGUAUUAAUCCAAAUGGCCUUCAUCAUGAUCAAAAUAAGAAUAAUCAUCAUGUUGUUGGAUUUAAAUUUCAAGUAAAAUCAACCAAUAUUCGAGUAGUUAAUGUUCAAAAAGAAGUUAUGGUACCAACAAGAAUAAAAAAUAUAAAUGAUUCAAAUAAUAUUCUACUUGAAGAUUUAUUUAUCUUACCUAGUAAAAAUGCUCAUGAUCAUAUUUUUAAUGCAUAUCCAUCACCUACAUUAAUUUAUCUUAAAAAUGCGGCUACUAUUGAUAUAAUAUGGUCAAUAAAAAGUACCAUGAUGGGAAUGACAGAUUUAACAUUUUCUUUGGAUGUGUUUUAUAAUGAUGAUACAAUAUCAUCAUAUACAUGGUCAUUAAAUAUUCUUGUUACACAACCAAAACGUUUAGUUGAUAGAUUAUUUUAUAUAAUAUUACCUUUUCUUAUUAUAUUUAUUUCAAUACAAAUGGGUAUAUUACUUGAUACAAAAAUUUUAAUCGAACUUGUUAGAAAACCAACACCAGUUAUUGUUGGUUUUAUUUCUCAAUAUGGUCUUAUGCCAUUUUUAGCAAUGGCUAUUGCAAAAAUUUUUCGUUAUUCGCCACUAUAUAGUCUUGCACUUUUUGUUAUUGGUUGUUGUCCAGGUAGUGGUGCUUCAAAUCAAUGGACACUUUUAUUUGAUGGUGAUGUUAAUUUAUCAGCUGUUAUGUCAUUUGUAUCAACAGCUUCAUCUUUUGUUAUGAUGCCACUUUAUUUUUAUACAAUAGGACGUAUUUAUAUGAGAGAAUUAUCUAUCAAUGUACCAUUUUUAGGUCUUCUUCGUUCGUUAGCACUUGUUGUUAUACCAUAUAGUGUUGGUAUUGGUAUUAGUCAUUGUUCACCAAAAACUCGUGCCAUUGUUGAAACUCUUGUUAAACCAAUGAUGUUAUUUCUGUUAAUAUUUUUUCUUGUUUUUGGUACGAUUGUUAAUUGGUAUUUAAUUGUUACAAUUGAUUUACAUACAGCAUUAACAGCACCAUUAUUACCUUAUUUAGGUUUUAUAUUUGGUGCUGUAAUUGCUUGGAUAUGUCGUCUUAGUUGGAUUCAUAUAAAAACAGUUGGUAUUGAAGCUGGAAUACAAAAUACUGGUAUUGCAUUCAUGAUUAUGUAUUAUUCAUUUCCUCAACCAUAUGCAACACAAGCAAUUGUUGUACCACUUGUUGUAGCCUUUUUAACAACAAAACCAUUUUGGCUUGUUUAUAUGAUACGUAGUCGUGUAAAUAAAUAUAAAAAAAGAAAAGAAUUAAAAAAAACUGAAAAUUUAAUAACAAAAGUCAAUAAUAAUAAUGGAGAAAUAAUUUUAGACAAUGAGAAGCCAUCUAUUAAUAAUGAACAAAAUAAUACGCAAGAAGAGUAUGUUGAAAUGAUGGAAAAAUUUGUAAAAUAG